UGAUCGAGCACCGUCAGUGUGGCGGUGUCUGACAGACAGCUUUCAACUGCCAGCAGCUGUCUUGGCUGGAUGAGAGUUCCGGCAGGGGUCUGGGUCGGUCCAAGACGUAUCAGAAGAAUGCUUCUGCAGAGGAGAAGAAGCGGAGUGUCCAGUCAAAGCCCGGAGCUGAAGGUAGACGAGUUAUUGCUUUUGUUCUCCCGCUAGGAGUCGGGGUACUUGUUUCAACUGUGACUGGACUCAGAGGAGGAGCUGAUAUUUCUAUAAUUCUGUUUUCAUCCAACGCGUUUCACUGCGAAUUCACUGCAACAGCAGCCGGGCUCAGCAUCGUGGGGCAGCAGCCGCCGCAUACCGGCAGCUCUGCAUCUCCUUCCAGCGGGUUGGCUCCAGAUGAAAGUCCGGGGAUGCUUUUUCGUUUUUGAAUGACAAGAACGUCUCUGUAGAGGAGGACAAACUUGGAUAAGAUCAAGGAAACAACUGGGAACUGCACGGUAGAGCAAGAAAUGUGCAUUUGAAAAAGAGUUAUAUAACGGACCCUGGGAAGAGAAGAGGGGUGAAAGGGAGACGCACCAGGAGGAGAACCCCCCCAAAAUCCCCGCAGGUUACUUGAGGUUCUGCUGGCAUGAGGAGCAGGAGGGUCGUUUCCACAUCUAAGGUGCAAUUAGCGAAAAGGGAGGCGGAGGACGGAGGGCACGACUGAAACCCCGGUCAGAAGAGGCGGUGAUGGCGGCGGAGGGUACGGGGGUUCGGUUCACCCGUGCGCCGACCGCAGCCCUGUCAGCAGCCGCAGCAUGAGGCGGUGGAGGGACCAGACACAGAGGAGGUGACCCUUAUUAUAACCUGAAGAAGACAAGACCCAGUGUGUGACCCUGUUUGUCUGAAGUGCCAAAGAAGACAAGGAGAAGCGUCGCUGGUGAAAGAAUAGCCACCUUCUUCUUUCCACCAGGAGCCCUUUCAACCUUGCUUCAAGCUACACUUAGGGGCUCAACUGUUCUCUUGACUCAACCAGGAGCCUCGCUCCAACCCAUCUGCCAGCUCAGAUAACCUUCUGAUUGUUGGCAACCACAUGUUUGAGGUGACUGCAUGUAACCACCACCGCCCAUUCUCGAGAAGGAGCAGUUUCUCGCAACCCCAAUCUGCAUCAUGCAGUGGAGACGGCGGCACUUUUGUUCCAUCAAGAUGACCUGGACAAUCAAACGUUCCCUGUUUCGAACCCAUGUGGCUGGUCUGCUCUCCUUGGCUCUACUCUUUACCUUCCUGCUGUUUUUCAGCCACCAGGAAUGGCUGCCAGGGCGCAGUGGGCCUCGUGACUACCCGCUGGCUUACACCAUCAGGGGUCUCCGGGCUCCCAAGGGAGAGGCCAACCAGAGCAGCUCCCUGAGGAGCCUGUGGAAGGAGACAGGGUAUGGCGCGCCAAAGCCUCUUCUCAACCUCAGCUCUCAACAGGCAGAGGGAACAGCAGCUGAGCCAGGAGGAGGUGGAGCUGGAGGAGGAUCCAGGAUGGCCAUAGUGGGGGUUGGGGACUCCAUGAGCUCUAACAACAGUUUACAGAAGGAAAUGGAUGUUGGGGAGAAGCUUAGUGCUCAGCCCUACCGCUACAUUCUGAAUGAGCCUUUCAAGUGCAGGGACAGUACGCCCUUCCUCAUCCUCCUCAUUGCUGCUGAGCCCAGACAGGCCGAUGCACGCAAUGCAAUCCGGCAGACGUGGGGAAAUGAGAGUGUAGCAGGGGGCCUGGGAUUCGUCCGACUUUUUCUUCUCGGCACAGGAAAGAGUUCAGAUGCCUUUCUUCAAAGUAGCAUUGAAGAAGAGAGCCGUGUUUACCAUGAUAUCAUUCAACAGGACUAUCAGGACACCUACUACAACUUAACCACCAAAACCUUGAUGGGCAUGAACUGGGUAGCCACCUAUUGCCCACAUGUCUCCUAUGUGAUGAAGACGGACAGUGACAUGUUCGUCAAUACAGAGUAUCUCAUCCAAAAGCUGCUAAAACCCGAAUUUCCCCCCAAACAGAAAUAUUUUACAGGCUAUCUAAUGAGGGGCUAUGCACCAAACCGAAACAAGGACAGUAAGUGGUACAUGCCACCAGAGCUUUAUCCAAGCGAGCGCUACCCAAUAUUUUGCUCAGGCACAGGGUACGUGUUCUCAGGGGACAUGGCCGAGUUGAUCUAUCAGGCCUCGCUAAGCAUACGAAGGCUGCAUCUGGAGGACGUGUACGUAGGGAUCUGCCUGGCAAAGUUGCGCAUUGACGCUGCACCCCCUCCCAAUGAGUUCCUCUUCAACCAUUGGCGUGUCUCUUAUUCCAGUUGCAAGUACAGCCACCUGAUCACAUCCCAUCAGUUUCAGCCUAAUGAACUCAUCAAGUACUGGAACCAUUUGCAGACCAACAAGCACAAUGCCUGUGUCAAUACAGCCAAGGAGAAGAACGGCAGACACAGACAUCGAAAGUUUCAUGGGGAGAGACUUCCAUGAUGAAUCCUGUGACAACAACUCACUUAAGGAAAUAAAGGAUCUUGUGCAAAGAAGGGAACAUUAAACGUGGCACUAUAUUUAAAAAAAAAAAAACAAGCACAUUGUUUUUGGUAUUGUGUACAGUUUAUGAACCAACCUAUUUUUUUAUUUUUGAAAGAGUUAUUGUAAAUAUAUGGAGCUAUUUCCGAAAGGAAGAAUAGGGGACAUGAUUGUGUGAUGCACAAAGAAAGCUGCAGCUCAAAAGUGGUGUUUUGGAUAAUUCAGGUGCCAACAGUUGGGUGGCAAUUCCUGCUCUUCUCUCAAGGACAGUGCACUAUUUCAGUCUAUGAUGUUUUAAAGAGAUGGGUUAAAAAAAAACACCACUGUGUUUACACAGACAAAGGGAAAUGUACAUUUAUUUUGCAAAGUUACACUACCUAAAUAUGAAUGAAUGAUAUAAACCUUUUAACACUGACCAGUUAUGCUGCCCUGUUUCUCAGUGUUUAUUUUACAGGUCUAUCAAAGUACACUGCUAAGAGUGAUUUUCUUGUCAUCUAAUGUAUUUUAUUUUUCAACGGAUUCACAUAAAGCACCACAAUCACAUCAGAGAUGACUGAGAUUGUAUUUUCUAAAGCUUUACAUUGAGUACUACUCUGCACUUAAGUAAAUGUGCAAUGACUCAGUUAAAAAGAAAAAUAAAUAAAUGUACUGAAUUAA